CUUCCCAGCCCUCCCCUUGCUCCCAGGACCAGCCAGGCCCAUGAUCCUUGGCAGCAUCUGUGAGAAGUGGCCUUCCAAGUGAGUGCCCAGUUUCCACGAGACCCUCGCCCUUUAUGCCUUCCAGCUUCCUCCCGUCCUCGAACCCAGGGCUUGACACUCUCUCCAUCUGAAUACCCUCUGUCUCAGUUCUGUCCCUCUUACCCUGCAGCUCCUCGAGCCUCCUGCCCCAGGAAAUCCUCUCUGGAGGAGGGGUGGGUGCCCCUCCCCCUGCAGCCUUAGCCCUUAUACAAAGAGGCGCUAUGUCCAGCCUGACCCAGGGCAGGGCCUGAUGGGCCCAAGCCCAGCGAGCAGCUCUGUGCAAUGACGCUGGUGGGUCACCUUUUCUCUGCUGGUCCUGUUUGCAGUUCGAAGGCCGAAAGUACUGUGAACACGAUUUCCAGAUGCUGUUUGCUCCAUGUUGUGGAUCCUGCGGUAAGAGCUGGCGCAGCACAGUCCUCGGGCCUGGGGAGUCGGGGGCAGGGGGCUCCUCCCUCACCCCCACUCUCUGAGCACCAGCUCCAAACCCCUGCAAACAUGGCCUGCCCAGCUCUCAGAGGGCUCCUGGGACCUGGCUCAGGAAAGUCCUUCAGAGAGAGGCAGGGCGGCUGGUGCCCCACCCAGGUGAGCAGAGACCUCUCUCUUCCAGGUGAGUUCAUCAUCGGCCGAGUCAUCAAGGCCAUGAACAACAACUGGCACCCGGGCUGCUUCCGCUGUGAGCUGUGUGAUGCGGAGCUGGCUGACCUGGGCUUCGUGAAGAAUGCGGGCAGGCACCUGUGCCGGCCGUGCCACAACCGUGAGAAAGCCAAGGGCCUGGGCAAGUACAUCUGCCAGCGCUGCCACCAGGUCAUGGACGAGCAGCCCCUCAUGUACAAGAGCGACGCCUACCACCCCGACCACUUCAACUGCACCAACUGCGGGAAGGAGCUGACCGCCGAGGCCCGGGAGCUGAAGGGCGAGCUCUACUGUCUGCCCUGCCACGACAAGAUGGGCGUCCCCAUCUGCGGGGCCUGCCGCCGGCCCAUUGAGGGCCGUGUGGUCAAUGCACUGGGCAAGCAGUGGCACGUGGAGCACUUCGUCUGUGCCAAGUGUGAGAAGCCCUUCCUGGGCCACCGGCACUAUGAGAAGAAGGGCCUGGCGUACUGCGAGACCCACUACAACCAGCUCUUCGGGGACGUCUGCUACAACUGCAGCCACGUGAUCGAGGGGGACGUGGUGUCGGCCCUCAACAAGGCCUGGUGUGUGAACUGCUUCUCCUGCUCCACCUGCAACAGCAAGCUCACCCUGAAGAACAAGUUUGUGGAGUUUGACAUGAAGCCCGUCUGUAAGAAGUGUUACGAGAAGUUUCCCCUGGAGCUGAAGAAGCGGCUGAAGAAGCUGUCGGAACUGACCUCCCGCAAGACGCACCCCAAGUCUGUGGGCCUCAACUCGGCCUGAGAGGCCCCCUGCCGCCCGCCUCUCUCUUCCCGCUGCCUGUCUCUGCCUCUGCUGUCUCCGGGGUGCCGACUCCACUCCAGCCCCUGCUCCCAGGACCCCUGCAUCUGUCCCCUCUCCCACCUCCACUCCCCUCCCUCCCCUCCUCUUCCCCUUCUCCCCUCCCUGCUGCCCCUCACAGUGCUCCUCCCCUACUUUCCCCAAGGGGCACUGGGCAGAAAGAGAGAGCUGGGACCAGCCCGUGACAGCCUGGACAGGAGCACAGCAGGACCCCCAGUCACUUGGCCCUGGACAUGGGCCCCAGCUCCCAGCCCUGCCUCUCCUGACCAGAACCGUCCCUGCAGGGGACCUGGAGGCUCCCGUUUCCCUGAAGGAGCUUGGCCAGCCUCUCCCCAGCACACAGAGCACACGGCUUGUAGGGCAGCCCGGUCGUACGGAGGGAGACCUGGAGGAACGCCCUUGGCACUCUUGGCUACACACGCACUCAAACACAGAGUCCCUGCGCCCAAGCCAGCCACUGCAGCCCACGCGUCAGCAGGAGGAACGAGGGCCCUGAGGAUGAAAACUGCCUGGACCUUCCACCCCGUACCUGGGGCCUCUUUCGGCCUCCAGUGCACACCCUGUGGGUGAGGUUGGGGACUAGGUCAGAGCAGGUGGGAUGGGGUUGGGGAGGGGUGGCGCCUUGCUCCCCUCCAGACAACACAGGGCCUGGUGUUGGGAGUCGCUCUUGCACAGUGAAUGAAGCCUUCCUGAUACAAGCAC